CCGGGUCCGGGGCGCCCAAGGGACCCCUGCGGGCUACAGGAUCCGCGGCCGGGACGCGGGGGUCUUCGCGCCGCGUGAGCCCAGAGGCUGGAGGAUGCUGAGCCUCGGCGCCGCCGCGCCGUCCGCGGCCGUGCUGAGUCCGGACGGCGCGCUGUAGUUCCCCACCGGGAAGCCGAGGCUCCGGGAGGCGCAGGGCCGGCGCCGCGUCCCGUGAGGGGCCCAGCAGCGGUUCCUACGCUAUUUGCCUUGUGUCUGCUCUCCGGCUCCCCGACGGAGAGCUUCCCGAGAGCAGGGUCUUCCCACCUCUGCCUCCUUAACGCCUGACACGGUGUCUGGCGCGUUGUCGGGGUCCAGGGAUGGACGAGUGGCCGGCGUCGUGUGACCGCAGGAGGGUGUGAUCGCUGUGAGCGGGCGCGGGUGGUCGGCUGCUUCAUUUGUUCUAGAAGCGCCACGACGGAGCACGCAGAGUGCCGGCACAAGGAGGAUACUCUUACAUGUUGGUUACCAUGAUGGUCUCAUUAAGUGAAGCGCACGACGGCGUAAUAAAUGGUAGAAGGUGUAAUGGAUGCCAUUGUAGAUUGAUGAGCCCAAGAUCCGGAGGACGAGAGAAGCCGGUGGACAAAAAACAGCCCUUUCUAUUCUCCAGCCCUCGGAGGAUAUGCCCCGUAUUACAGCUUCAUACUAGCCGGCUCAGCCUCUUGAUUCUGCCUCUUGUUUCUGAACUCUGACAAACAGGGAAUCGCCAGUCUCCGUUCCCUAGCAGGACAGAAGGAUCCCUGGGCCUGGAUGUUUCUGGCAAACUGUCACCAACACGCAUUCAUAUUUGCCCGAAAUGCAGAAAAGGCCAUGACGGCCUUAGCAAGAUUUCGCCAAGCUCAGCUGGAAGAGGGAAAAGUAAAGGAGCGAAGACCCUUCCUUGCCUCGGAGUGUACUGAGCUGCCCAAAGCCGAGAAGUGGAGACGACAGAUCAUUGGAGAGAUCUCAAAAAAAGUGGCUCAAAUUCAGAAUGCUGGUCUAGGUGAAUUCCGAAUUCGUGACCUGAAUGAUGAAAUUAACAAGCUGCUAAGAGAGAAGGGACACUGGGAGGCCCGGAUCAAGGAGCUGGGUGGUCCUGACUAUGGGAAAGUUGGCCCUAAAAUGCUGGAUCAUGAAGGGAAAGAAGUCCCAGGAAAUCGAGGUUACAAGUACUUCGGAGCAGCGAAAGACUUGCCUGGCGUCAGAGAGCUGUUUGAGAGAGAACCUCUUCCUCCUCCAAGAAAGACACGCGCUGAGCUCAUGAAGGCGAUCGAUUUUGAAUACUACGGUUACCUAGAUGAAGACGAUGGUGUUAUUGUGCCUUUGGAACAGGAAUAUGAAAAGAAACUCAGAGCCGAAUUAGUGGACAAGUGGAAAGCAGAGAGAGAGGCCCGGCUGGCAAGAGGGGAGAAGGAGGAGGAGGAGGAAGAGGAGGAGGAGGAGGAGGAGGUCAACAUCUAUGCUGUCACCGACGAGGAGUCUGACGAGGAGGGCGGCCAGGAGAAAGGAGGGGAGGACGGGCAGCAGAAGUUCAUCGCUCACGUCCCGGUGCCGUCGCAGCAAGAGAUCGAGGAGGCGCUCGUGCGGAGGAAGAAGAUGGAGCUCCUGCAGAAGUACACCAGCGAGACGCUGCAGGCCCAGAGCGAGGAGGCCAGGCGGCUCCUGGGCUACUAGGGCCGAGCCGGGGCCGCCGCCCAGCGCCGUGGGAGGUGGGCCGCCGGGGCCGCCGGCCAGCGCCGUGGGAGGUGGGCCGCCCGGGCCGCCUGCCGCUUCUCCUCCUUCCUCCCUCCCCUGCUCUCGCCUGCAUGCUGACCGAGGGCCGUUUGCCUGCCGGAUGCCCCGGUGUCCCCUCGUCCCGGUGUUUUGCUGACGUGUGAACCCACUUACUUCUGUCUUGAGUGUGUAGGACACGCCGCUCCCUGUCAGCCUUUGAGUGUCUUACGUAGUCUCCUCCUGUCGUUUGGUGGGGAGGGCGACCAGUUAGUGACACUCCUAAAAAACGCAGACGUGUUUGUAACUCCUCUUGAAGAAUGAGAAGGUGUGUGGGCCCCGAGCCCACAUCCCACACGGCGCAGCCGGCGGAGCUCCGCCUUCGGGGCAACCCUGCCCUCAGUUCAGACCCCUCAGCUGGCCUUGCUCCUUGCUGCCCAGGUGGCAGGAGUUUGAGUUUGCUACUGCUGUCUAGGACUGGUUCUGCAGAGAGUUAUUUUUAUUAAAGAUUUUUGUGUGAAAGGCAA